AUGGCUGCAGCGGAGGCAGUUCAGGCGUCAGUGACCUUCGAGGAGGUGGCCGUGUAUGUCACCAAGGAAGAGUGGGCUCUGCUGGACCCCGCUCAGAGAGCCCUCUACAGAGACGUUAUGCAGGAGAACUAUGAGAAUGUGACCUCACUGGGGUUUGCAGCUUCCAAACCUGAUGUGAUCACCCAUCUGGAACGAGGGGACGAGCCGUGGCUUCUAGAGCUCCAGGGCUCUGAGGAAAGAGAAAUCCUGGGAGUCACCUGCCAAAGUGGCAAGAAAGAGGAGCAGAAUCCUCAGCAGGAAGUGGCUGAGCAAAUGCCACCACGUGCGGCCAGAUCCCAAGGGAAUGUGUCCUGGAAUCAUGAGCAGGGAAAAGCCUGUGAGCAUCAGCGCAAGUCAGAGAAGGGGCAGGAAAACCAGUCAAGGGAGAAAGUUGGUAAAUCUAUUAAUUAUCAGGGAACUCAGAAGGGUCUCAAGGAAACCAAAGCCCAGCAGAGCAUCCCGGCGGGAGAGAGAAAUAACACAUGCUCUGAGUGUGGGAAAAACUUCCACAGCCACUCACACCUUAUUAGACAUGAGAGAAUCCAUAGCGGAGAGAGACCCUACGAAUGCUGUGAGUGUGGGAAAAGCUUCACUCAGCGCGCGCACCUUCUUACACAUCAGAGACUCCACACAGAAGAGAGCCCCUAUGAAUGCCAUCAGUGCGGAAAAAGCUUCAAGGAGAGAUCAAACCUUCUUACACAUCAAAGAAUCCACACAGGGGAGAGACCCUACGAAUGCUGUGAGUGCGGGAAAAACUUCAGUCAUCGCUCAGCCCUCGUUGUACAUCAGAGGAUCCAUACAGGAGAGAGACCCUACAGAUGCUGUGACUGCGAGAAAAACUUCAGUUCCCAGUCAGACCUUAUUAAACAUCAUAGAAUCCACACCGGGGAGAAACCCUAUGAGUGCAGUGAGUGUGGGGAAAACUUCACCCAGAGUUCUGCCCUUAUUACACAUCAGAGGAUCCACACAGGGGAGAGACCCUAUGCAUGCUGUGAGUGCGGGAAAACCUUCAGUCAUAGCUCUGCCCUUGUUACCCAUCAAAGGAUCCAUACAGGAGAAAGACCUUACAGAUGCUGUGACUGCGGGAAAAACUUCAUUUACUGCUCAGACCUUAUUAAACAUCAGAGGAUCCACACAGGGGAGAGACCCUAUGAAUGUUGCGAGUGUGGGAAAACCUUCACUCUGAGCUCACACCUUAUUGCACAUCAGAGGAUCCACACAGGGGAGAGACCCUAUGCGUGCUGUGAAUGUGGAAAAACCUUCAGUCAGAGCUCACACCUUAUUAAACAUCAAAGGAUCCACACAAGAGAGAGACCCUAG